GAUUUCUUUAUUUCAACUGCUCACACCACGCACGUGAACCGUCCGUCCCUAUCCACUUCUCCUCGUUUGCUCUGCUCUGCUUUCGUUCCCAAGCGAAGCGAGGCAUCCACCUCCCCUUCGAUCGACCGAUCGCUUCUCUCGUCGGCGAUGCUGCAGGAGAAAGCAAGAAGAAAAUGGCCGACGCCGCAGACGGCGGCAACGACUUGGAGCUCGUGUCGCUCACCGCGUCCGCCUACGCCGCCGCUCCAGGCCCAAUCUCGCCGCCGCCGCUGCUUCAGGCUGACCCUCCUGCUGCUGCUGCAACCUUCAUGUCCCAGCACUUCAAUCUGCCGGCGGAGGAAGCGCCUGCCGAUCUUCUUGACGGUGGGCGCCAGGAGUUAGAAUCCACCACCCCUGCCAUGCCGCCACCGGAUGGUGGUCUCGGCAUCCCCUGCGCAGAGAAGAACAACAACUGCUGCGAGACGGAGACGGAGGCGCUGGACUGUGACCAGCCGGGACGUUCGUCAGAUUCAGUUAUCCUCUGGGUCGACAUGGAGCGCAAGAUUAGUCCGUCACCGUCAGCCACCUUGGAUGACGCAGGUUCAGAUCGUAGCCGCAGCGCGUCUCCUCCUCACAGCCAUGUUUCUGCUGCUGCCACGGAUGAUGGCAUUGCUCUCGGCUCCACUGCAGCUUGCCUGCCUGCUCCGGUGGCCGCGCCGCCGAGGGCCCCUUGCGUAGCGUGGUGGAAGAAGACCUUCUCGUUUCUGCGCGCCAACGCCAGAGAGUCUCUCACCUUCCGCUUCGUCUUCGUCGCCGACAAGCUGCAGCUCAGGCUUGAAUUCGGUGUCGACAGCCAGAAGAUACGCUUCCCGGCGAGCAAGACACUUGGUCAGGUGAAAUUCAGCAUGCUUGGUGGAAGCCCUGUUGGUAAAAUACCUGCAUAAGUUGCAUAGUAUGCUGAUGAUGAUGACAGCAACGAAAAACUAAGUACGGCAGCUAAGAAGUUGAUGAUGACGAAGACAAAAAGGGUGUGGUGAAUCUUUCUAUAUUGCUACUUACCCUGAUAUGUAAGUGGAGUAGCACUUAAUUAGUGGCUAGGCAAUGUAAUGAACAUGUAUGGGUGAGUAGUAGUGAGUACUCCGACUUCAGAUUUCAAUCUUCUGAAUUUCUGGUUUUUAAGCUGACAGCAUGCAACUAUCAUCUGGUCAGGCCAGGUGCUUAAUUCCAUCUUGCUAGUACUCCGACUUCA